AAGCGAGAGCUGCUGGGGAUGACAGUUGCUUCAGGCAACCCUGGGGAGGACAGGGUCGGGGGUAAAAAUCACCGGCGAGGGCCUGAGCUGGGAAGGGCAUGGAGGGGUACCGCCGCCCCGAGUGCGACCGGGCCUCUGAGACCUCCUCCUUCGUAGGGGAUGAAGAAGAAGAGGAAGAAGAGGAGGAGGAAGAGGAAGAAGAGGAGGAGGAGGAGGCUGUGGACCCGGAGGAGGCAGAGGAGCUGACUAACAGUUUAAAAGAUCUUAUCCAAAGCGAAGAUGUGAAACCCAAGCUGCAAUGCAUCAUGAAUAACCCUUCCUUUUCUAUGGUAACAGUUCAAAGUGAAGACAGUGGGAUAACCUGGGAAACCAGCUCUAGCAGAUGUUCUACUCCCUGGGCCUCGGAAACUAGUACAACUUCUGAUCUUUACAGUAUGGAAAGUUCACCGGUAGGUUCUCCUCCAGGAAAAGUCAUCUUUAUUAUGGAUGAAGGCAAGAUUAUUCGAAAGAGGAAGCGCAAAGCUUCGAAUAGGGUGCCGAUGGCUACAAGUCUGAAGGGAGGCCAGGGCAAUAAAAAACGUGACUCAUCUGGAAUGCAGAGGCAAGAACAAAGAACUGUCCUAGGAGAUGUUCAGGCCUCCGUGUUGAAUGUUGAACAGGUGGAAGCACAAGACACAGAUGAGGAAAUGCUGGAUGACAAAGAAGAUCUAGAAGACAUCACAGAAGAGCCAGUAAAACGGGCUCCGAUAAGAUCAAUAUUUAGAGAGAGCAGGCUGAGAAAAGUAGGGCCGAUCCUUGGAGGACCAGUACAAGCUAGAAUCCAGCUGUUCAACUCAAUUUUUGGAGGGACUGGGCCAGCCCCUGAAACACUGGAGAAAACCAGAACCCAGAGAAGCAGCUCAGUUUCAGGAGAUUCUGAACAGUUACUUGAAACAUCAGUGAAAGAGAGAUUGCAGAAGUUCCGUUCACUUUCAGAAGCAGCACGUUCAAAAACUUUCCAGAGAACAAGAAGUAGAAAUCUUGAAACACCAUCAGAGAGAAGAAGAAGGGAGCAAAGACAACAAUCCACAGCACAGGCAAAUCAAAGCUAUUCUUCACCAACAACACCUCUUGAAAAACAGUUUACUAGUAAAGGUGAUGUUUCAUCUGAAAAUAUUAAACCCAUUAAAAUGAAAGAUAAACCAAGCAGAUUUUCAAGCUUUGAUGCAGAAAAAACUCUUCAACACCAAGAAAGAAAAGACAGACAAUCUGUUUCACAGACUCCAAAUCAGGAGUCAGGACAUCCACUGAAGUCCUGCCCUCCUGAAGAAGCCAGGAAGCAGCAAAGUUAUUCACCUGCAGCCAAAACAUCAAUAACAGAGCAAACAAUCCCCGCUUCAUCAGAGGCUGAUGAUAAAUUGGAGAAACAAGUAUUGCUUCCUUCAGCUAAAAAUGCAAACAAGAAACCAGACCAAUCCCUGGUGACAGCAUCGGAUCAUCUGGACAAACUGAAGGAGCAGGAAAUUCAGCCCAAUUCUGCACCACAGUCUGUUUCAGGAGAUUUUGUUAAUGAAUUAGAUAGACAAAGUACCCAACCUAUUUUGCCUAUGGCAUCCCUGUCAGAACAUCCUGAGAAGGAAGCACAGAAGUCAGCAGUUCAGUCUUACUUACCUAGUACUCCAUCAGCUAAACCCAAAUAUUCCACUCUAUCUGAAGCACGACAGGAGGGUGUUAUCCCCCAGUCAUCAGAAACUGCACAAUCUGAGUCUGAACAUGUGCUUCCACCACAUUCUGUAGAUGAAACAGAAAAGGAAGAAACUGAGUAUCAUUCAUCAACAAGUGCACUGUCAGAAAAUGAGCCUUCAGGUCUAUUGUAUUCUGCUGAAGAAACAGAGGGUCGAAAGAUCCCACCACCAGAAACCCAAAAUGUUCACUUAGAGAAGCAAACAAAGGCUGAACAAGACUUUUCCUCCUCCCUUCAGGAAACAGAGGAGCAAGGAAUUCAGCUAAAUGCCCCUAUUCCAGAAAAGAUAGAUUCUAAAUAUUUUGGCAUUUCAUAUCCUGUUCACACAGAAACAAAAGAAACUCAGGAAACUUCAGCUAUAAAUAAAGCAGUAGACUUGGACCACCCUGAUUUUUCCAGUGAAAAAACCAAGCAAGCAGAGAGUGCGCAGAUGGAGAUGGAGCAUCCAGACUUCUCAUAUUCCAGUAAAGAAAUUGAGGAAACAGAGAGAACACAGAUGGAGACAGAGCAUCCGGACUUCUCAUUUUCCAGGGAAGAAACAGAGGAAUUGGAGGGUGCACAGAUGGAGAUGGAGCAUCCAGACUUUUCUUUUUCCAGGGAAGAAAUGGAGGAACCAGAAAGUGCAGAGCUGGAGGCAGAACAGCCAGAUUUCUCAUAUGCCAGGGAAGAAAUGGAGGCAUUGGAGGGUGCACAAAUAGAGACCAAGCAUCCAGAUUUCUCAUAUUCAAGGGUAGAAACAGGGGAAUUGGAAAGUGAAAAACUGGAGACAGAAUAUCCGGAAUUGUUUUUUUCCACAAAAGAAACAGAGAAGUCGGAGAGUGCCAAACUGGAGACAGAGCAUCCAGAUUUCUCGUAUUCCAUGGAAGAAACAGAAGAAUCAGAGAGUGCACAGCUGGAGGUGGAGUAUCCAGACUUUUCUUUUUCCAGGGAAACAAUGGAGGAAUCAGAAAGUGCAAUGCUGGAGACAGAACAUCCAGAUUUCUCAUAUUUCAGCAAAGAAAUUGGAGAAUCAGAAAGUGUAGAACUAAAGACAGAGCACCCAGAUUUCUCAUAUUCCAGAGAAGAAUUAGUAGAAUCAGAGAGUGCGCAGCUGGAGACAGAGCAGCCAGACUUUUCUCUUUCUAGGGAAGAAGUGGAGGAACCAGAAAGUGCACAGCUGGAGGCAGAGCAUCUAGAUUUCUCACAUUUCAAGGAAGAAACCAAAGAAUUGGAGAGUGCUCAACUGGAGACAGAGCAGCCAGAUAUCUCAUAUUCCAUGGAAGAACCAGAGGAAUCAGAGAGUACACAACUGGAGAAAGAGCAUCGUGAAACUUUUUCUAAGGAAGAAACAGAAGAAUCAGAAAGUGCGCAGCUGGAGAUAGAGCAUCCAGACUUUUCUUUUUCCAGAGAAGAAAUGGAGGAACCAGAAAGUGCAGAGCUGGAGACAGAGCAGCCAGAUUUCUCAUAUUCCAGAGAAGAAAUAGGAGAAUCAGAGAGUGCACAGCUGGAACAUCAGGAGUUUUUAUUUCACAGGGAAGAAACAGAAAACCAAAAAUUUGUUCCUUUGGAACAGCCAGAGUCUUACUCCCCUGAAGAAGCAGAGCAAGAAGAAGCAGAGCAAGAAGAAGCAGCACAACUUGCGGUGGUACCUUCAGAUUUAUCAUGUUUGAUGGAAGAAGUAGAGAAAGAAAAUACUAGAGAACUCCAAUCGGUACAUCCAGAUACAUUUGAUUCCACCAGAAGAGCGAAGACACAGCAAACUGGGUAUCUGGAAACAGCACGUUCAGAUUUACCAUAUUCCACAAAUACAACAAGGCAGCAAGAACUGGCGCAAGCAGAUUUGGAUAAUUCUCUCAUGUCAUAUUUUGGUAACAAAGGAGAACAGCCGCAGCCUAUACAGCAAGAUUCACAACCUGGAGGUAAGCUGUAUUCCCAUGCCAAAAGAGUGCAAGAAGAAACUACUCAAUUGCAGUCAGAGCAUCCACUUUUGUCAUAUUCUACUGGAAAAGAACAGCAACAUAAAACCUCACAGCUGAGGGCAGAACAGCCAGAGACAUCAUAUUCUAGCAGCAAAACAGAACAACAAGAAAUAUUGCAACCAAAGUUGGAACAAGCAGAUUCGCCAUAUGCCCAGGGAGAAACAGCACAAGAAGCUGUACAAAGAGACUUAGAAGGUCCAGAGUCAUCAUGUGGUGUUAGUGAAGCAGAGCAACAUCAAAAUGUACAACUAGAUUCAGAAAAUAGGGAUUUCUCAUUUAGCACCAGAGAAGUAAUGCUAGAAGGAGUGCAGUCAGAGUCUUUGGGGUCCUCACAUUUGAUCAACACAGCAAAGCCCUGGGAAAUGGCACAAAUGGAGCAGGAGCAGUCACUUCCCUCCUGUUCCACUGCUGGUAGUCAGCAACAGGAAACACCACCGCUCAGUGUGGUCCAGCCAGACACAUCAUAUUCCUUUGGUAGAAUGGAACAACAAGAUACAGUACAAAGAGAGCUGGAACAGCAGGAAACAGCCCAACAAAAAGCUAUGGAAAUGGAAAUGGAGUACUCAGAUUUGUCAGAAUCCUUGGGGAAAGAAGAGCCCCAGGUCAUAGACCAGAUUAGUUUGGCACAACAAGGAACAGCUCAACCAGAGAUAGUGCAUCCAUCUCUGUCUUAUUCUCUCAGUGAAGAAAUGCAAGAAGAAAUGCAAACAGAGCCAGCACACUCAGAACAGCCAUUCUAUUUAAGUACAGAAAUGCAGGAAGAAAUGACGCAAUACAAAUCAGAGCAACCAUCUCUUUCAAGUUUUACUGGCAAAACAGAGCAACAAGAAAUUGUACAUACAGAGGUAGGGCAAACAUUUUUGCAAUCUUCCAGUAAAGAAGCUCCACUAGAAAUGGAAGUGAGUUCAGAAUAUCCAGAUUUGUCACAUUCCUUUCAUGAAGCUGAACAACCAAAAAAGUUGAAACAUCCAACCCUACCAUUUCGUUUGAAGCAACAAGAAACUGCACCACUGGUAAUGGAACAUCCAGAUUUUUCAUGUGACAGUGGUGAAGCAAAACAAGGCGACACCGUAGAGCAGGAGUCAGGACAUCCAGAGCACUCAUGGUCCAUGGAAGAAACACAAGGAAAAUCAGAACAUUUGGAUUCACCAGAAAACCUGGGUGGAGCAGCGCAAGAUGAAAGUAUGGAAGUGGAAUCUCAAUACUCAAAUUUGACAAGUUCUGAUGGCCAAAAAACCCAGGAAGAGACUUCCCAAUUGGAUUCAAAGUAUCCAGAUUUAUCAUUUUCCUUCGGUAAAGCCAAAGAACAAGCAGCUCAAGAGUUUGAGUCAAAAUAUCAAGAAUUGCCAAAAAUGGCCAGAAAAAGAGCUUCUCCAGCAACUGCACAAAUAGAGUCAAAAUAUCCAAAUUUGACGUAUUCCCUUGGCAAAGAAAAUGAGACGGAAAUUGCACCAAGGGAAAUGAAGCAUUCUGAUCUGUCACAGUGCACUGAUGAGACAAACCAACAAGAAGUAGUAGUGUUGGAUCAGAAACACAGAAAAAUUUCUGUUGACAGAGAAAAACAGCAGCACACCACAAAACAGCAGUUAGAGCAAGAAAAGUUAUCACAGUUUCCUGGUAACACAGAGCAAUUAAAACAUGCCCAGGAAGACUUGGGACAAUCAGAUUUAUCACUUUCCAUUGACAGGCCAGAUGAUAAAAUUGCCCCACCAGAGGCAGGGGACACUGGUGUGAUACAUCCUCUGGACAACACAGAGGUGCAACGACAAGAAUCGGAACAGACAGGUUUAACUUACCCCUUUGGAAAAGCAGAAGAGACAACAGUUCAUCCAGAAGUGGAAACCCCACAUUUGGCCUACUCUGUGGAUAUGUCAGAAGAAGAAGAAAAGGCAGAACCAGGGCAGGAACAUCCUAUGUUGCCUUACUCCACUUCCAAAGUGGGAGAACUGCAGACUGCACAGCUGAAAUCCAAACACACUGGUCUCACGUAUUCCCUUGACAAAGUGCAAGAAACAACCCAGCAGGGGUUGGAUGUUCAUGACAAAACAGAGCAAGUCCCACCUGCGCAGCUGGAGCAGGGCCACACAAACUUGGCCGACAAAGUGGGGAAGCAAGGGAUGGAGCACACAGCCUUGGGACAUCCUAUUGAGGGACAGCCUGUCAGCAGAGCAGAGCAUCCACAAGCCACAAAAGAGAAACUAGGAGCUCCAGAUGAAUCAUCUCAUAGUGGAAAAGAGGAGCAAAGAGAAAUGACAGAAAUGGAGCCAAAGCAUCCUGGUUUAUCAUAUUCCAUUGAUAAAAUGCAGACACAAGAAACUACACAACUGGCGUUAGGAAAACAAGAUCUAUCAUCUUGGUCUGGCAAAACAAAGCGAGCACAAACUGCUGAAGAGGAGCAGUCAGGCUCCCUGUAUUCCUCAACAAAAGCUGCACAAGGAGAGAAAGCACAGCCAGAAUCAGGACAUUCACAGUUAUCUUACUCUGUUAGUGAGGCAGAACAAGAAACUGCACAUGUGAAAUCAAACCGUUCAGAUUUAUAUGCUGGCAGAUUGGAACACCAUGAAAUCGUACAACCAGAGGCAGAACUAAUGGAUUUAUCAUGUUCAGUUGGUGAAAAACGGCAACCUCAAAUGGCUGAAGUGGAUUUGGAUUUGGAUAUAUUACAUUCCGCUGGCACAGUACAGCGACAAGAAAAGAUUCUACCAGAGCAGGAAAAGCCAGGUGAUUUUUCAUCAUCUCUCAGCAAAAAAGAGCAAUGGGUAGGUGCAGGGAUGCAGGCAAAACAUCCUGAGCUGCAGCAGUCUGUGGGGAAAACAGGAUUGCAAAAUUCCCAAGCAAAAUCAGAACAUGCAGAUUUGUCAUUCUCUGUUGAUACAGCAGAACCUCAUGAAACAACACAAGCAGAGUUGCAAGAAUAUGAUUUGUUGCAUUCUUUUGUCCAAACAAAGCCAUCAUGGGCUGCCCCACAGGAGGCUGAACACCCAGAGGUCUCGGAUGCCAUGGGUAAAGUACUGUCCCCUGAUUUGUCCUCUUCUGUUAGUGAAUUGGAGGUCAAACAGGAGAGAGGAAGCUAUACGUCACACCCAGAGGAAACAGUACGACUGAAACUGGAACAGCCAAUCUUGUCAAGUUCUUGUGGCACAGCAGAGCAAUCAAAUAGGGCCCCACUGGAAGCAGAAUUCCCAGGCUUCUUGUAUUCCCCUGGCAAAAAAGAGCCACAAGAAAUGACAAAACAAGAGUUGGAACAUUCAGAUUUGUCAUAUUCCACUGAUAAAACACAGCGACAAGAAACCACACGACUUGGGUUAGGGCAAACAGAUUUAUCAUCUUGCCCUGGGAAGACAGAGCAACCACAAGCUGUUCAAGUGGAAGCAGAGGAUCAGGACAUGCUGCAUUUCACUGGCAAAACAGAAUGGGAAGGAACAGCACAAGCAGAGGCUGCAUAUCCAGAUUUGUCAUAUUCCAGUGACAAAGUAGAGCGGCCACCAGCUACACAACAGAAAUCAGAGCAGCUUGUAGCACCCCAUCCCAUUGGAAGAAUGGAGGAACAAGGAUUGGCAUAUCCAGAGCGGCAACUUCCCGGUUUAUCAUAUCCCACUUGCAAAACACCGUCAGAAGAAGCAACACAAAUGGACUUGGGGCAACGAGAUUUAACACACGCCCCUGGCAAAGCAGAUGAAGUGCAAACUGUGCAAGGUGAACUGGAACAUAUAGGUUUGUUGUAUUCUUCCAGCAAAAGAGAAAAAGAAAUAGUAUUGCCAGAGUUGCAACGUCCGCAGCUAUCUUGUUCUGCUGGGGAAGCAGAAGAGGAAGCUACACGUCACAAGUCAAACUACCCAGAUUUAUCAUAUUCUAUUAGUCAACAAGAGCACCAUGAAAUUGAACAAGCAGAGGUGGAAGAAAUGGAUUUAUCCUAUCCAGCUGGAAAAUCAGCGUACUCAAAACCUACUCCAGAAAUACUACAACAGCCAGAGUCCUCUGGCAAACUAGAGGAAAAGCGAAUGGCCCAGCCUGAAUUUUUGUACUCACUUGGUGAAGAAAACCAGAAACCAGCUUCACAGUUAGAUUUAGUGCAACCAGGUUUAUCACAGUUGCUUGGCAAAAGAGAAAAGCAGGAAGCUGCACAAGUGCCUUCUGAUUUUUCGUAUUCCACAGGAAAGGCAGAGCAGUUGCAAUCAGAACAACGAAAAUCAAAAUAUCCAGAUUGGUCAUAUUCUCUUGGCAAAGCAGAGCCUUGUGGAAUGAAACCACCAGAUUUACUGUACUCCUGUGGCAAAGCAGAGCAACCACAGACUGCCCAGCCAGAGCAUCCAGAGACUUCACGUUUCGUGGGUGAAAGGGAGCAGAGGGAUAGGGCGCAACAUGAACUGCCGUGCCUUGAUUUGCCGUAUGCUGUUGUGGAAACAAAGCAGCCAGAAGCACCUUCACCUUCUGUAUCACAUGCAUUUGGCAGGACUGAGAUUCAGGGAACUGUACAACCAGGCUUUGAACAGUCAGAUUUAUUAAGUUCUACUGACAAAGCAGGAAAAGAUGAAAUGGCCCCUCUGAGAGCAGGACAUUCAGAGAAACGAGACCCCAGGACUACUUCAUCUCUAACUGCUCAGCUGGAAACAGAACAAGAUUCAUCCAUCUCCACUGAGAAAGCAGAGAGCAAAAAAAAUCACCUGUAUUCAUCUCUUACUGAACAAACAGUGUCUGUACCUUUGAGUGUUUCACAUUCUGUCUCUGAAACACAACCAGAAGGAAGACCUAAGACUUCACCUGUAGCUGGAGGCCUGUCCCCCAAGCACUUAGAUUUAUCUGACACCCACUGUAAAACAGAGGAGUCAGAAACUGCCCAGCCUGAGUCAGGUUUUGUCUUUGCAAGAAGCAAAGCAGAGAAUACAGAAAAUAUUCUACAUUUUCCUGUGGCUGCACAGUCAGAGGCUGAACAUGUAAUUUUACCUGAAACAGAGAGAGAGCUUACUCCACAUUACUUCCACACAGUUGCGCAAUCAGAAUCUGAACAAUUAAAUUUAUCAUAUUCUACAGAUAAAGCAGAAACUCUGGAAAGUCAAGGUUAUUUAACUGUACCUUCAAAACUGGAGUCUGAGCCUUCAGUUCCAUUUUAUUCAGCUGAUGAAACAUAUCAUCAGGAAAUUCCACCUCAUUCAAAACCAACUUCUGAGUAUUUGGUUCCCACAUGGUCCCCUGCUGAGCAAGAAAAGGAAAGCAUGUGGCCACUUAUUCCCCAGUCUGCACAACCUGAGCGUAAACAUGUAAUUCCACCACAUGAUGGAAAAGAAUUGCAACAAAUUCAGCUCUGUUCACCUAAACCAGCAAACUUGAAGACAGUGCAGUCGGAGAAUACGUCUCUAAAGCACACACAAGACCAAGACAAGCAAGAAUCUCAAGAUCAUUUGGUGGACACAAAAUAUUUGUUAUCAGAGCAGCUAAGAAGUCCCCUCAAAUUCACUGCUGAGCAGGGUAAGCAAGAAAUGCAACCGGAUGUGCAGAUAUUGCCAAGGUUGGUGACCACAGAGUCGAAGGUGACUGCUGUAGCAGACCGGCAAGCAGUGUCAUCAGAUUCAUUUGUACCUUUUCAUACAUUACCUGAAAAGUCAGUGUCAGUGGCUUUCACUGACAAUGAAGAGAAACAAAAUAUUCCAUCAUCUUUAUCUGAUGUAGUAGGCAUGCUUGGAAAGGAAUCUAAUGUAGUUUCAGGCAGUUAUACUGAAGGAGAAGAUAGACGUGAAAUGCAACGAUAUUUGGCAGACCAAAAGCAAACAUCCUUAGAGCAUCUGGGAGCUGUUUCAUCAGAUCUUGUUUAUGAAACUGUGACAGACAAAACUCAGCAGUAUUCUGGUGAACAUGGCAGCCCUUCUUCAGUGGACAUCAAGUCCCUUAGCUCUAGUUCUGAUGAAAAGCAAAAUCCAGAUAUUCCAUCUUUUGGGCUAGCUACCUGGCUGGUAGAAGAGGUGAAAGCUCGCUCAAUUAGUCCAGUAAGAGCUGCAGGAGUAGACAGGCAAGGGAUUAAUCUUUCUCCAAAUGAAGCUUCCAAUUUUGGAUCAAAAAAAUCCCCAGCUGGAAGCUGCACAGAAUUUACAGUUCAUGGUGCUACAGAGAGUAAAGAACAUAUGUUUAGAGUUUCUGAUUCAGCAUCAAGUGAAAUUUCCCAUAGAAUGUCCUCAGACACUAGUCACAAAAUGCAAAGAUAUGGUUUGCCAUCUCUGGUAGGAGAUAAACCAGAUCUAGACAAAGUUCCAGACCAUGAAACUAGCAUGGGAAACACUACAAAAAUGGAAGUAAUGCAACAUAUUGAGGUAGAGAAAGUAUCUGAAAUGCCUGAACAUUACUUGAAAGGAGAGAAAGAAAUGGAACAUGUGAGCACUGUAGAAGACAGACAGGAUGUUCCAGAGACCACUGAACAAAAAGAUCUAUUCAAUAUAAUUUCAGAAGGUUAUGAAAUACUCAAUAUUCAUGCUCCUACACGUAUUUCUUCUGUGGAUCAGGAAGAAAGUGAACACAUGCCAGAUAAACUAGAAUACUUGGAAACAAAUCCUUCUUUUAAAAGAAAAUUAGCUGAUGAUGGCCAUAGAGCCCUAGCUUCUGGGACAACCACAGAAAUUUCAGAAAGCUCAGUGUUAGGAAAGCCUGCAAGCCAUGAACUAAAAGAAUUGGUCAAAAAUGAUGGUGUUGAAGAAACUGGAGAAACACAAGAAGAAAAUCCCAUGUUGCCAGAAAACAAUAAUAAUACAGAUACUAAUAAUGGUCUGGCUGAUAUGGAUUAUUUUGAAAAAUAUACAUUGAUUGAUGAUAAAUCCCCAAUUAAGCCACAUUUUGAAAGACCAAGUUCAUUGUUUCCUGUGGCAGAAGAUCCCAAUGAACCUGUGGAAGAAGUCACGACUUCUAAAGAAAGCACUGAGGUAGAUACUUUGGAAGAGGAGUUUUCCUUACUUGAGGAUCUGGAUGAAGUCUUUUAUGGUACUUUGAAAGGAGAAAGCAAAAUGCAGUCCUAUGUAGAUACUCCAAAUCCUUUACCUCUGCAGAAAUCAAUUGAUAUGAGCAGUAAAAAGGUUACAAAUGUAGAAGAUGAACGAAAGUCCCCAGGGACCCCACUCUUUGAUUCAGAAGAAGGAGUGCUAGAACGAUCUCUGUUGUUUCCUACCACUGUUGCUGCAGUUAAUCCAGAACUUCUAGAGGAGCCACCUGCUCUGUCAUUUUUAUACAAGGAUCUCUAUGCAGAAGCAGUAGGAGAAAAGACAAAGGACGAGACUCCCUCUGAUGAGGAAAGUGGUAAUUCUAAUGCGUCUUUCCCUAGUAGAAAUUCAGACACAGACGAUGGAACGGGAAUAUAUUUUGAAAAAUACAUUCUGAAAGAUGAAAUUCCAAGUAAGGCCAUAGGGCCUCAAAAGGAUCAGAUACCAGAAGAUGAGUCCUUUAGUGGAGGAAUUUCAGUUCAGAUUUCAGAGGACAAACACAAGCAGGGGCCUGGUGAUGUUCAACGUGUCAGGACUGAGGUUCUGACAGAAAGGGGUGUUGUGGAGAGAGAGAAAGUCCAGGUUGACAGUGACAUUCAAGCAACAAUUUGUAAACCAACGCAUGCCAUUCCUUUUGGAAGCAAAGUAAUUCUUUCAGGUGCAAGGGCUGAUAUGACUGAACAAAGAGAAGAAGAAAACAUACCUGUAGAAACAACCGAGGAGUUGCCAGAGCAAUCAAGUCAUCAAGCGUAUAGUCAACUAGCAGAUUAUCAGGGAGCUGCGUAUCAAGAAGCUGGUAAUAAGCAGGAGGAACAGCAUGACGUGGCAGCAGUUCCUCAAAUGGAAAAGUAUGUCCCAUAUGUCAGGACUCCUGUUGAAGACAGUGAAGAUGAUCAGUUUACUCAGGAAAAUCUUUCUAGUGUCCCUACCCUUCAGCAAACAGAUAAGCCCCACUUGCAAGGAGAGGAGCAACAACCUGAUGUUUAUGAAGAUCUUGCUGAGUCAAUGGACUAUGAUGUGAUUACACAAGAAGAACUUUUGCAAGAUGAAAUAUCAUCUCAAUUCACACAUGAGGAGCUAUUAUUUGAAGACAGAGACUCUUUUGAGCAUGCUGGUGAUAGUUAUGAAUUUGUUAAUGAGCCAGAGCAAAGAACACCUGUUGAGCUUGAAGAUUCAGGCUUUGUGGUGAUGUAUCCUGAAAAAUCUGCAACAAACAUUCCUCAAGUUGAGAGCCCACAAAGAGAGCUAAAGAAGGCACAAACAGACACCUACUGUUACCACUGCAAAUGCCCAAUAUCUGCUAUUGACAAGCUUUUUGGAGAACAUAAAGACCAUGAAGUGACAACACUAGAUGAUGCUGCAGCCAAGAUGAAGGAUCAGUUAGGUGAAUUGCUAGUAGCACUGGAAGAAAAGUCAAUGAAGAUUGAAGAGUUUGUGAGUGAUAUUGAAUCGCUAUUUAACUCUGUUGAGGAAAACUGUAAGAAAAACGCAGAGUUAUUGGAAAAACAGAAUGAAGAGAUGCUUAAGAAAAUGGUAGCACAAUAUGAUGAAAAAUCAGAGAACUUUGAGGAAGUGAAGAAGAUGAAAAUGGAGUACCUGUAUGAGCAGAUGGUUAACUUCCAGCAAACUGUUGAUUCAGCAAAGGAAACUUUGGAGACAACAGUAAAGGAAACAGAAGAACUUGAUGGAUUUGUUUUCCUAAAUUCAUCUAAAGAAUUGAAUAAAAGGUUACUUUCUGCAAUGGAUACUACUCUCUCUUUAGAAAAGGUGCCCAGUGCUUUUUCACUGUUUGAGCACUAUGCGGACAGUCCAGAACAAAGCAACCAGCACUCUUUAAAACAAGUGGCUGUCCCGCAGACACCGACUGUUGUACCUCAGGAACCAAAUUCGGCCACCAGCACCUCCAUUGCUGUUUACUGGACUGUGAAUGACGGGGACGCCAUCGACUGCUUCCAGGUCUACUGUAUGGAGGAGCCACAAAGCAGCAAAGAUGCAGGGGCUUUGGUGGAAGAGUACAGAGUGACGGUGAAGGAGAGCCACUGCAUUUUGGAGGACCUGGAGCCAGAUCGCUGCUACAGUGUGUGGGUCAUGGCUGUGAACAGUACAGGCUGUAGCUUACCCAGUGAAAAAGCCAUUUUUAAAACAGCACCCGCUGUCCCCACCAUCAAGGCCGAGGACUGCACGGUGUGUUGGGACACAGCCACCGUCCGCUGGCGGCCCAGCUCGUCCUCGGUGGAGUCCUUCACCCUGGAGUACUGCCGACAGCACUCGCCAGAAGGAGAGGGCCUCAGAUCUUUUGCUGGUAUAAAGAGACCUGAAUUGAAAGUAUCCCUGGAGCCCAAUGUGAACUAUUUCUUCUACUUGAGGGCAGUCAACCUAUUUGGGACAAGUGAACAAAGUGAAGCAGCUCUCAUCUCAACUAAAGGAACUCGAUUUCGCCUGCUGAGCGACACAGCCCAUCCCGCUUUGCAAAUCUCCUCCAAUGCAACGGUGAUCCGCCUUCCCGAGAAAGCCAAAUUCACUGGGAUUGCUUCAGUCCUGGGUGAACUGCUGCCUGCUCAAGGGCAUCAUUACUGGGAAACCGUUGUCUCCGCCUGCAGAAGCUACAGGAUUGGGAUUUGCUAUGAGGCAACAUCACGGAGCAGCGUCCUGGGGCUGAGUGAUACCUCCUGGUGCAUGCGGUGCUGUCCUACACAAACCAGCCUUCUUUACAGGUUUCUUCACACCGGCGUGAUGAGCGAUGUCCGUGUGACGGAACACCCGGCCAGGAUCGGCAUCCUGUUGGAUUACAGCGGUGGCAGACUGUUGUUCUUCAACGCGGAGAAAGGACUGGUGCUGUUCUCCAUCAGGCACACAUUCACGGGUGCUGCUCACCCAGCCUUCGCCCUGGAGAAGGCUGGAGCGCUCACCCUGCGCACGGGCAUGGAGCUGCCGGAGUUUGUGAAGCACAGCUAAUCCCUUGCUUCACACUCUCAGGAAAACCAACCAUCAGAGUGUCAGGGGAUAGGGAGGGGAAGGGGGAUAUCACGGAGGGGUGUCUAGUCUUCGGUGAUGAAGACCACAGCUCUCCCCCACAUCAUCAGUAACUGUAGUUAGUGCUCAGCCGCAAAAUCACCCUGAGCCCGGAGAGAAAAUCGACGCCUUCAGAUACAGCGUGCACCUAGAGAUAUACACAGCGGUACUUUUGAGGGGGAAAAACAAGUUUUGUUAGAUGUGAAUAUUAAGAGGGGGGGAAAUGUACUUUCCCUGUGAAAAUAAUGACAGUGCUAGCUGUCUUUUUAAAGUUGAUGAUGAGCCUGUGUAUAAAAUAAAUGCAUCUCUCACUGCAAUACA